AAGAAAAGAGGAACGAUGAAACCAGGACUGUUGGAUGGAGGUGGAUGAGGAAGAAUAUGAGGUUAUGUCGUGAGCAUAUCGUUUUGAAGGAAAGUCAUUUGAUCUCAGGUUUGACAGAUUAGGUUUCACCUACAGUGCAGGACACACAUGUGACUCAUGAAUAAGAUAUGGAUAUACUGGUGUCCAGUAUCUAAAUAGGUAGGCUAUACCAGGCAGCCACAACAGAACUUCAGAGCCAAGGGAAUAAUUCACGUAGAAAACAUCAUCUGUUCCAUUGAUGCUGCUAUCAUUUCGUCCACUACAGCAAGAUGUUUGUUGACCUAAAGAUCUAACUCUAGGGUAUACUUUUGUAUGGCAUUCUAAAGUGAGCUAAACUUUCAUCAAACUUCUUCAACUUGAGGUGAACGUCUGUUCAAAGUCGGUCCUUCACCAGAAAGAAUAUCAAGUUGAAUUUAUGAAACAGAAACAAUGACCAAGCGAAGUGACAAUGACAGCGACAGUUGUCCGGUGCCAACCCUGCUGCACAAGAAAAGCAAAGGGGAAAAGCAUGUGUCUUUUCCUCCAGAUGAAGACAUUGUGUCUGGCUUCGCAGAGCACAGGGACCUAGGCAGAGACGUUGACAGCCUCACCUUGGCAGAGGUAAUUCUGGCCUACAAGAAGAGCUGUGAAAGGCACCAAGUGGAACCCAACCCCAAGAUUGUGGAGCAACUGGAGCUGGCGACGUGUGUGAAAGGUACACUCAGGUGUCUGGAUUUAGAAGGUGAGCGAUUAGAAUCCAGCUCUUGCGAGUCUCUGGAAAUCCUACUGAAAUCACUGCACUUUGAUUUCAUCAAUCUGCGGGCGACGAAACUGGAGGAAAAUGGAGCAUCGUCAUUGCUGGAUAUGAUUUUAUACUAUGAACCUACAACACAUCUUGACAUCUCUGACAACACCAGUAUGGGGAUAUCAGGCUGGAGGGCCCUCUCUCAUUUGAUCAAGCAGAGUGGUUGUCUAUUGAGGCUGGAUGCCUGUAAGGUGUCCAUGCAAGGCUAUCCUGCCCAGGCCCUGGCUAAAGCUCUGCCCAGCAGCCGGCUGGCCGUUCUCAGCCUCCACGGUUGCUACCUCAGCGGCAGGCCCCUCUUCACACUUGUUGGGGCGUUGAAGACCAACAGAGGCCUUCAGGAGCUGUACCUAGCUAGCAACAAGCUCAACAGUUACCAGGACUCCAUGCAGUUAGGCGAUCUCCUCAGAUACAACAGCACCCUCCGUGUACUGGACCUUGGCGCCAACGCUAUUGCUGACGCAGGUCUGGAGGAGAUCUGUGAAGGUCUGAAAAUGCAGACUGCUGGUCUGAGGGUCCUCAUGCUGAACAGCAACAUGAUCACUUACAAUGGUCUGGUGUAUCUUGCCAAAGUUCUGCCUGUACUGAAGACACUAGAGAUUUUGAAUUUGGGGGAAAACAAGCUACAGAACCGAGGAAUCCACACACUGAAGGAACCCCUGAUCAUGAACCAGUCGUUACUACACCUAGCUCUGGAACAGACCCACAUCACCUGUGAAGGAGCCGUGGCGUUGGCUGAGUUCAUCGCUGAGAGCCGUCAGAUCCAGCACCUGGACCUUCGUGAGAAUGAGGUAAGGGCCGGCGGGCUCAUGGCCUUGUCACUGGCCUUGCGGAUCAACAGCUCUGUCACCACACUGCAGCUGGACCACAAAGAGGAACAGGAGGAGUUUCUGAUGGAGACCCAGGAGAGACUGCUAGGGGAGAUCAGUGAUCUCUGUGUCGCCAACGCAGGCAAAGCUGGCAUCGCCGCGGCAACCGAUCAGCGGCCGACUCUUCGGAAGCCUGGACCAGAGGAGGCGACCACAUGACCUGAGAUGGACACACACACACACAUCUAUACAGCAUACACACACGCGCACACACACACAUGAAUCUGUAUAGCACCAGCACACACAAAAGUAUACCCAUACACACACUCAUCCAACUGCAAAUAAUCCACACGCGCGCAGGGCCUGUCCCAAAGUCUUGGUCCAAAGAGCUGACUCAUGGAUCUAUUCGGAUAAUAAUUUGAUCGCAAAUAAUGAUAACCAUAAAACUCUAAAUCCCUGGUAAUAAAGCUGGCGUGGGGCUCCCUAAUGAAACAGCAGCCACCCCGCUGUUUCCCCGCUAAUGGACCCGCCGAGGCUUUCGCCACUUUCCAUAAAGCAAUUUUGCGAGCCCACUCCAAACGUGAAUCACCUCGAAAUGAAGCGAACGGUAUCCUCCCUUCCGUCUCAUCCCUCUCCCUGCCAGGCCUCCCACCCGCCCCCCCAGAGAGAGCCACACAGUCUAAAGCUCAGUUGAUGCGGAUGUGUGUCGCCGUUUGUUUGUACGAAUGUGUGUUUGUCAGCGUCUGCGCGUGUGUGCGCGUGUGUGGGUGUGCCUGUUGUAAAUCCUUGUUUUGUUGUGUUCCAUCAUUGCUAAUGUUCACACUGAUGCGCUGAGGGAUGUUCCCUUGUGUCGCUGCGUGUGUUUGUGUGUGUGUGUGUACGCACUGAUGUAGUGUAGCUUCAUUGCUGUGACACAAACAGCAGCCCUGAACUUAUAUCCAAACACAUCAGCUGAAGAACAUGUUCAGAGACACAAUAGCAGCAACACAAAGGUCUACUGUUGAGGCCGCGUGUUUGUAAAUAUCCAUAAAUAUCCAGUCCGUCGUGUGUUUUUUUUUCAGUCUUUUCGUUUCUCCCCUCACUCUUAAAACUUGGGCUACAGUUUCAGUCAAUGCUGAAAUGAUCCUAUUAAAAGCGACAUUGAAAUGUGAUGUGU